UUUUCCUCAUCACUUCCAACUUAAUUUCUCUUCUGUUCAGCUAACAAAGUUACAAUGGCUUCUCUUCUUAAGCCCAGUUUUCUUUUUGUUCAAUUAGCCAUUUUCGCUUCAUUGUUUCAAUACUCCUUGGCUGCGAGGCAACUCGCUGAGUCAACCCAGGACCAGUCUUUUCUCUUUCAAUAUCACAACGGCGCUCUUCUCACCGGGAAGGUCACCGUAAACCUCAUUUGGUAUGGCAAAUUCAAGCCUUCCCAACGCGCCAUCGUUUCCGAUUUCAUCACCUCAUUGUCUUCCACCACCUCUAAGCCCGCCGCCGCGGGUCAACCCUCCGUCGCGACGUGGUGGAAGGCCACCGAGAAAUACUACGGCGCGCUCAAGUCCAAGAAAGCUUCCCCGCUCGUCCUCUCGCUAGGUACUCAGAUCUUGGACGAGAAAUAUUCUCUGGGAAAAUCACUGAAAGAUCACCAGAUUCAAGAGCUGGCAGCCAAGGGCGAUCAGCAAAACGCCAUUAACGUUGUACUCACGGCUUCCGAUGUUGUCGUCGAAAGAUUUUGCACUACCAGAUGCGGGACCCACGGCUCUGCGUUGAGUUCCAAGAUUACCCCUGCAAAGGGAAAGAAUUACAAAUUUGCCUACAUCUGGGUUGGCAACUCGGAGACCGCGUGCCCGGGAAAAUGCGCGUGGCCCUUCCACCAGCCCAUUUAUGGCCCGCAGGCCCAGCCCUUGGUGGCGCCCAAUAACGAUGUGGGCCUGGACGGUAUGGUUAUUAACUUAGCGAGCCUCAUGGCUGGGACCGUGACGAACCCAUUUGGAAACGGGUUCUACCAGGGCCCGGCGGACGCGCCGUUGGAGGCUGCUUCGGCUUGCACCGGGGUUUACGGAAGUGGGGCCUUCCCUGGAUAUGCUGGCAAUCUGUUGGUGGACCCUACUAGUGGUGCUAGCUAUAAUGCGCAUGGCGCAAAUGGGAGGAAGUACUUGCUCCCAGCCCUGUUUGAUCCUUCAACCUCGUCCUGUUCUACGCUGGUCUAAUGUCGUGUUUGUUUACCGCGCAAACACACACACACAAACACAUAGGAUAUUGUCAUCUUUACAUAUUCUUUGAUUCAUUCAUUCUUAUUUAGAAAUUCAGAAUUUAUUAAUGAAAAUGUACUUCAUUCUUUCAUA